CAAUGGCCCUCAAUAACAAAGGUGUAAACAUUUAAAACUCCGAGGUGAACAAUACAAUUGGAAAAUAGUAAAGAAAAAGAGACCAAACGAUAGAGGGGGAUGUUUGGGAAAAAAAACCAUAAAUAUAGUACAGAUGAUCAAUCAAAAACACCUUAUAGUUCAAUCAGCAUCGAAAAAAUUGCUAGGGAUGAGGAAUAUCAAAUUCCUCAAUCUAAAUGAGGAAAACAGUGUUCUUAAAAUCAUGUGUAUUAGAGAGGAAAACCUGCCUCAGACAACCUUCGGUGAAGCUCGAGGGUCUAGCUACAGCCAUGGAGACUGCUAGAACGGUGAAGGAUGUUUCCCCUCGUGAGUUCGUUAAGGCUUAUGCGGCUCAUCUGAAGCGAUCGGGGAAGAUGGAGCUUCCUCACUGGACUGAUAUUGUGAAGACCGCCACAUUCAAGGAGCUUGCACCAUAUGACCCAGAUUGGUACUACACCAGAGCCGCUUCCAUGGCCCGGAAAAUCUACUUAAGACAGGGCAUUGGUGUUGGAGGUUUUAGAAAGAUUUAUGGUGGCAGUAAGAGGAAUGGYAGUCGUCCUCCACACUUCUGCAAGAGCAGUGGUUCUAUUGCCCGACACAUUCUUCAGCAGUUGCAGAAGAUGAACAUCGUUGAUAUUGAUCCCAAGGGUGGAAGGAGAAUCACCUCAAGCGGGCAGAGGGACCUGGACCAAGUUGCUGGAAGAAUAGUGGUUGCUCACUGAGUCAUUACAUAUUCUGUUUUCUGAAGGUCCUGUAGGGCUUUCUUUUAAUUUUGAUGUAGCCAAUAGUAUUGUUAGGAGUUUUCCUUCUCUGCUGCUUAGUCAUUAAA